GAAUUCGGUCGGAGGCCUUGGCACUGCUGCCCCCCUCCCCCCCCCCUCUCGACCUUUUUUUUCUUCCUCUCCUUCUCUCAUCUUUCUCCUUUUUAACUGCAGAUAUUAUCUUCCUUUCCUUCCUUCUUUCCCUCCUUCCUUUCCUAGUGUAAAUCACCUUCAUCAACCCACGCACUGUCCCUCUUGCUUGCAUCUCGUUCCUCGACCUCUUGGCCUCCCACCCACCUUUCUCAUAAGGACACAGCUGAGUGUUCGCUUGCGGUGGCAGUGUGUGGCUAGGGGCUAGGGAGUCAUGGCACCGAGUGAGAUUGACUUUUAUAAGGUUCUUGGAAUCCCCAGGGACGCGUCAGAGGAUGAGAUAAAGAAAGCUUUCAGAAAAGCUGGUGUGUUCUUCCACUCUCCCGUAAUAUAUUUUCCUCCGUUACCGGUAGACUCUGAACGUUGCAUUUCACAUGUACUGACCCAUUUUCCAGCCAAGGACACGCAUCCGGAUAAGAACCCUGGUGACCCUUUAGCUAAGGAAAAAUUCCAGGACCUACAGAGGGCGCAUGAUGCAUUAAAAGAUAGCCUCGAGCGAGCAAAGUACGAUGAGGAUAAUCCCUAUCACGGAUGUUCUGAUGGUGCAUACACACAACAUAGCAAGACCAAAGCGUCGGGAACCGCAAAGAGAUACACCACCCCUGCGCAGCCACAAUGGGGAGCGUCUUCCUCAAGCACCUUCAGUUCGAGGGGAUUUGCCCACCAAUCAGGAGGUCGAGCGAGUGCUUACAAGAACACUUACAGUGGGUAUCCAGAAGGGACCUACCGGAAACCUCGUUCCGGUUAUGAGAACACUGGUACAUUUAGAUCAACUGCAGGCCAUGACGAUGGUUAUAGAUUUUACGACUCCGGGUAUCGUCCGGAGUCUCCCAGAGACUACGAUAGAAGUUCCUCAAGUCAAACGGGCCCUCGCCAAUCUACAGCUACUCCUAAUAGUGCUAAGACGCCCUCGUCAUCCUCAUCCCGUACGAGACCUAAUUCUACUCCCGAUCCACCACAAACUGAUUCCGCUGCACCGACCCCUGAGUUUAAUUUGAAGGCCUAUAUUAAGGAGCGCAGAGCUAGGGAGGUCGCUGCUGAGGCGGAGCAGAAGAGGCAAAAAGAGGAGGAAGAGGCUAUGCGAGCCAGGCGGGCAGAGAUGGAGGAACAUGCAAAGAAAGCGGAAAAACUGAGGAAGGACGAGGAAAGGAUAAAAAAGGAGCUUGAGAGGGCAAAGGCUGAAGAGGCUAAGAAGGCAGAAAAAGAAGCUAGAGCCAGGAGAGAGUGGACCGAGGCCAACAAACAUCAUUCUAGAAGCGGAUAUAACCAAGGAGACCCACCUUUCGCCUUCCCAUUCCAUUCUGCUGAAGUGGAUUCGGAGGAAGUGGAGGCUAGGAAAGCGGAAGAGGAAGCUAGAGCCAGGAGACAGUGGAGCGAACUCAAUAGGCAUCAUUCUAGAAACGGAUACAGCCAAGGAGAUCCGCCUGUCGUCUUUCCAUUCCGUUCUGCUGAAGUGGACCUGGAGAGGAAGGUGGACGAAGAACUGCGUGCGAAGACUAGGAGUGCAGCCUCCUCUGCCUCCAGGCGGGGAUCGAAGAAAUCUCCCACAAAGCCAAGGCACCAGCACUCACAUGAAUCUGAUACCAAUGGGUAUGCCGAUGACUGGAAUAAAUCGGGGGUUAAUAGCGGCAAUCCGGGCAGUUUUGCUUAUCAAUAUUCCAAGGGUGAAGACAGUAGCGAGGGUUUUAUGGAUAAGACGCUGAGAAGGGAAAAGGAAAGGGCGGCUAGAGAGAAACAGCGAGAGGCUAGCUCUGAUCAAUGGGAAAACCCUUCUCGUGAAAAUGGCCCAAGGAUUCACACCAGGACCAAGAGUGAUCCUAGGCCUCCUGGAAGGCGAGGGUCACCUACCGAGCCAGAAACAGCAAGCACUUCUUCUCCACCUCCGCCACAAGCCGAUCGAGAGAAGCAAAGUCCUCGUAUUGCAUCCCCAAAGCCGAGACGUACCGACGCUCAGUUCCGGUCGGUGCCCUACGUUUCACCCGGCACAGCAACGAACCAUACUGAUUUUUCGGGAUCUAGCUUCAGAUUUGAUCCAGUUCCGGAUGGCUCAGCCAGAAGAGAUUCACGCCAUACCCCCGAAGCUGCCGCUACACCAGUGGGCCGGGAGAGCCCGUUUUCCAAAGACCCCGAUCUCCGCUUCUUUGAUAAUAAAGCUCAGAUCGACCCUUUCAAUUACACUACCGCUGAAGAGCUUUUCCCUCCCAAGCAGCCUUUCGCUCGCCCUCAAAGUCAGCCUGUAUACCCUACUCAACCCCAACAUGCACCCGUUCCUCGACAGACCCCCCAACCUCACACCCAACAGCAACACCAGACACGACAGCAGCCAGAUAACCAGCCAUUCAAAGAAGCUCUCUGGGAUAACUUAAUAAAGACAACUAAAGCAUUUACUUUUCGACCUGAGGUUCCGACGGCAGCGUUACGCAGUCCCAAGAAGAUGAGUAGCUCAGGCAUUAGCAAAGGAAAGGGCAAAGGGAGGGAAACAACUACCACCACUGACCCUAUCAAUCUUUCGACUCAUGACUGCACGGGUGCCAAGUGUGGACAGUGCCCCACAGAUACUAAGGACCCUAUAAAGCCAGAGCCUAUGGAGAACUCCAGAUCACAGACCAGCCACAAGACUACAGUUGAGGAUGACGUCGACGCUAUGGAUACUGCACCAGAUACUGGAGUUCCUUCGCCAACGACUGGUGUCAGACCCAAGUUAUCGGGACUCGGUAUCGGCCUGCCUGUGGAUGGCAGCUCGGCAUCGCCACGCUCACCUCUCCCCGGGCAAUUGGGGGGACUCGAUACCUUGGGCAAGUUCAUGGGCGUGCCUCCUUUCAGGCACGCCAAUGUAGGUCUCGGGGGCUUUGACGAUGUCAAGGGCAAUUUACCCUCUCUGCCCCAGCCCUCCAUCCAGCCGCGACAGGGCCCCAGUCUGAAGGGUAAAUUGCCGAGGCCUUUCAAACCGGAUAUUCGUGAUAUCUAUGAGCCACAAACCCCGGCUGAGGAACCGUUUGCCGUUCCCCUCCCGCCAAAGAUCCCGAAAACACCACGAACCGUAACCCUCGAAUCCUACAAUACACUCUUCUACCUUGUCGAGCCAUACAUCAAGAAAUGGAAUGAGUAUGAGGGGAAGUACAAUGACCUCCACACCCGCCUCUCGAGCGCCGGGCUCCGUGACGUGAUGACUCUCGACGGCAACACAAUCAUGAAUUACAUCACCCGCGUACGCGAAAAGGACAUAAUUCUAGAGGACUCGUACCGCCAGGCGCGCGAGAAGCAUAUGCAGGCCCUGGAGGGUUGGGUCGAUUACCGUAACCUAGUCCUUGAGCUGAAGCAGGGAUGACUAUCCGGGACCCCCGUCGGCAAACACCCCAUUUUAUUCGUCAACUCUGUCUUGCUGUCUUGCACCGCAGUCGCUUUGGUUUUGGUGCAUUAUGGGAUUGUUACUGUGCCGCUUUCGUUCGAUCAGGGCGUCAACAGGUUGGAGGGGGUCCUGAGAUCGCUUUACUCGGGAUAAAUCUUUUUUCUUGUUUACGCCUCUCUUUUUGGGUUUCCAAUUUCCCUUCAUUGGAUCCGAUUAUGCUCUUUAACGCUUCUCUUUUUUUUUCGUACUGCGCUUCAAUUUCUAAGCCACCCUUUGUCCUUCCGAAUACCGGGUUCUUUUUGUCUAGUUAUAUACCUUAUAUUCGUUUUUCCUACUUUUCUCUUCUUUCUUGCACGCUUUAUACCAUGCUAGACCUGCAUGAGUUUAACGGAUGUGGCUAUUUGGCCGUCUAUACAUUCGGCUGUCUCCUAGGGGGGUUGUCACCAAGACCAAACGGCGGAAAAUCGGGUUUUCGUUCUUAUAUGUAUUAGUAUCACUGGGUUGGCUAGCAUGGGGCUUUCGGGAUACCGGAUGUUUGGGUGUAAUUAAUUGCUUUUAUUGGGGGAGUUCUGAUUUGUCUCUCUGGGUGGGCAUGGUAGCCGGUGAGUGUGCGUGGGAUACAGAGUCAUGUUUUAUCACUCGGUGUUUUUUGCGAUUGAGUGAGAGCUUGUAUUUGCUGAAGGAUUCGGUGGCGGAGGCAGAGUUUAUUCUUUGUGCAGGUUUGGGUUUGGAUAUGGGGGAGAGGGGGCGAAGGGCUCGGGAAACCUAGCUUAGUCUUUAUCUUAUGGUAGGAUUAGCUUUUGUUUGUUUGUUGCCAAAAUUAGCUAUUCAGAAAUUAUCAUGUUGC